GUCGUCACACUACGUUGCUUUCAAUAUCUCUUGCAGCCAUCACCUUUAAAACACAGACUCAUUACGUUCUAAUCCCGACCACCAAAAACAGAGUGUGCAAAUCAGAACGUGGAACUAUUAGUAUCGGAUGGACAUCCCAUGGCUCAUAGAACCCCAACCACCCCCACCUUGAGCAGAAUUGACUUUAUCCUAGAGAGGGUUAUGCUUCAAGGGAAAGAGAGCGACGACGAUGAGAAAAGGAAGGACGAGAAGAAACCCAGUAGUAGCCGCAAACCGGACCCCAGUGUUUCAGGCCAAAGCCGUAGACGAGGGAGCAAUGCACUUUCAGAUGCCGCAGAUGACGACAAAGGCGAGACGAAACCAUACAUAUCCACGACGUCAUCCACAAAGGACUUGCUGGACAAACUAGGCGAUGACUUCAAACCAGGGGAAUACGAUGUAGUUUGUUCACGAGGCAAAUGGGCCAUGAAUGCCCCCGGAAAUGUCAGGUAUCGGUCCACUAUCAAAGACAAUCUGGAGAGAUACUCCAAGACAACCAACAAGCAAGAAAAGUCAGCCAUUGUAUCCGGGAUAGUCGAGUCCAUCAAGGAGCUGAGCCCACAAGGGGGCUUUGUCCGAUGCGUCAAUGGAACUUGGUUCACGGUUACAGAUCACAUCGCCAGGGAGAAGACUGGCCAGUCCUUCAGGGAUAUGCUCCAUCAUCAGUAUCGAUCGAGCACCAAGGCAAAGAGAAGACGACAAAAGGAAAAGGACAUGAAGCAGAGCCACGCUUUGAUUGAUGCUACCCAACGAAGCCACCAGAGCCAAUCUCGUCAGGAAAGUCAGGCCACGCAGUCUCGCGAACGGUCUGCUAGCGUUUGCAAAGAACCCGAAGAAGAAUCCUCAGACAAGGAAGCUUGGCCGCCGUCAAGACCUAGGCCAGCCAAACGAGCCAAGCGAGCAAAAUCAAAAGCAGCUGACCUCCCCCCUUCAGGAGGAACUGGGGAUAGUGCCGGGGCUGAUACGAUGCCAACCCCGUCAUUGUCCCUAAGCAGUGCAGCCACCAAUGAAGUGUUUCCCAACAUUCCAAACCCCAGCUUGUCUGCUGCUGCUUCAGCAGCGGGGCAAGCCCCCCAACAACCGCUUCCAGGGCUACUUCCUCAAAUGCCACUUGCCUUCACCGCCAGCGGUAUGGCACGACAACAGCAACAGCAGCAGCAACAACAGUUCCUCCAAAACCCCUUCAUGUAUGAUCUCAACCACAAUCACACCCACCACAUGUAUCCUGGAGGCGGCAACAUGCAGGUGCCCCUUGCUACCAAUCCACCGUCCUUCCAGCUUUCACCCACACAACAGGAACAGCGUAUUGACUUGGAGCCCAUUCCGAUCAGGGAGGCACCGUUACCCGUUCUCCAGGGGCGGCAACCAGACCCUGCAGGGCGGGUGCCCCCCACUGCUGGCCGAGGGAAUCUUGCAGCGGUCCAGCCCCCCGAAGGCCAACUAGUGUCACCCUUUUUGCCGACCAUGCAUUUACAUCCCCACCAACAGAUCCCAUUUCAACAGGCAAUGGCCCAGCAACAGGCAAUGGCUCAACAGCAGCAGUGGCCAAUGCCAAUGCAGCCUCAUCAAUACGGUCAUCAACACAACCAGCACCACCUCCAGUCAAUGAUGUAUCAGCAACGGGGACUGACUCAUCCGAUGCAACCUCUCUCAAUGGUGGGGGGCUUCAAUCAACCGGCCCCUAUGGGUAUGGGCCAACAAGACGGCUUGGGAAGACCCAUGGAGGGUGGUUUCGGGGAUUAUCAGCACUCCAGUGCACACGGAGAGGACGAGGAAGAUGAACACCACGGCGGACUUGAAGAAUGAGAGCCGCUAGGACUUGUAACGUAGCAUUCUUUCUACGUUGGGCUCUUUUUGAAACUAUGAAUGACUGCAUCAUCCUUUGGUGGAAUGCCUGAAUGCCUGCAAAUUCAACGGUCUAGGUAGCUAGUGCACAUUCCCUCUUGCACUGCUAAUUCUCUCUUUCAUGACGCAUCAUGCAAUCUGCACAUGGGCUCGGUCGAAAGAAGGAUUAGACGAAUCAUCCUGAGACCAUGCAGUUGAUGGCUUCAAUCGAAUUCACUAUUAUAGCUUUUAUAGAAUAGCACAAAGGACCUAAUCGCUCCAACCAUGCGUUUCCUCGACAAGAU